AUGUCAACCAUGCCCGCCACCGGCGGCCACAGCAAGCCGUGCUGCAAUGUUCCCCCCAUUGUGACCAAGGGAUACAAGCCUAAGGGUGCUUAUGAAGAAAUUGGCGGUUACAAGACUUACGUCACCGGUCCUUCUGAUGCGACGAGGGCUAUUGUCGUCAUUUACGACAUCUUUGGCUACUUUGAACAGACUGUUCAGGGUGCUGACAUCCUAGCUCACAGCGACAGUGAGCACAAGUACAAGGUCUUGAUUCCAGACUGGUUCAAGGGCAACCCUGCCGCCAUUGAAUGGUAUCCCCCCGACACUUCCGAGAAGAAAGAGAAGCUCGGUGCCUUUUUUGGCAAAUUCCCCCCUCCCGCCACGGCCGCCAAGCUCCCUACCUAUGUCCAAGCCGUCAAGCAGCAGUUUGCAUCUCUAACCAAGUUUGGUAUUGUCGGCCAACUAAGUGGAAUCAAAACUCGUCAGUACUGCUGGGGCGGUAAGGUCGCCACCCUAGCCACCAAGGCAGACAACAACGUCUUUGGGGCCAUUGCCUCCGUCCACCCUGCCAUGGUCGAUCCGGCUGACGCCAAGGGCAUCAACGUUCCCAUGGCCUUGCUGGCUUCCGGCGACGAGCCCGCCGAGGAUGUCAAGAAGUUCGAGGACACACUCAAGGUACCUAAGCACGUUGAGAUCUUCAAAGAUCAGAUUCACGGCUGGAUGGCUGCCCGUUCCGACUUGAGCAACGAUCGAGUCAAGGAGGAAUAUGAGCGCGGCUACAAGACUCUUUUGAGCUUCUUUGGUCAGCACCUGUAG